AUGGUUGUCUUCCAGAAUAAGAUCAUUUACAUGCCAGGACUGCCGCCCACCGCGCGCCGCGAGCGGAUCGAGGACUACGAGAAACAGUGCUGGGACGUGCGCUGGGAGGAGAAAAGGGUCCAGGCCGCCGAUGGGACGGAUCUGGCACUAUGUGUGGCCUCGGUGACAUCCACUGGCGACGAGAAGACCACGUCGCCCACGGAGCCCCUCGCCGUGCCGUCCAUCUACGUCCUCUACUUUCAGGGUCCGCCCCAUCCCCUGCUGUCCUCUGCGGGCAGAAACGCAUCGUCCAUUCCCCCACGACUGCCGGACCUAUCAUGGGUCCUGCGGACGCUGCAGCGCAGCAAGCGGCCCGCGCGAUAUACAAUGGUGUGCCUGAGCUACCGCGGUUACUGGAGGUCGAGAGGCCGCCCCUCUGAGAAGGGCAUCAACCUGGAUGCGCAAGCGGCUCUGCGCUGGAUUGGGCAGAUGCACGAGGAUAACGUCGGGCACAGGCAGCAGCCACUAGAGCUGGUGAUCUGGGGUCAGAGCAUCGGCUCUGGGGUGGCCACGAACCUCGCAGCGUGGGAAGGGUUCCCGCCCACGUUGCGGCUAAGGUCGUUGAUCCUGGAGACGCCGUUCACGUCCGUACGGGACAUGUUGGGUGAGCUGUACCCCCAGAAAUGGGUGCCGUAUCGUCACCUGUGGCCGUUCUUGCGCAACCAUCUGGAUAGCUUGACCAACAUCGCGGGGAUUGCCAAGAAUCAUCGGGUCAGUUCGGGCCAGGACAAGCCUCAUGUCACCAUAGUGGAAGCUGGAAGGGAUGAGCUAGUGCCGGCGGACCACGGCGCGAGGCUGGUCCGGCGCUGCGAGGAGUUCGGGCUACCGGUCGAGAAGAAGACGGUUCGUGGUGCUUUCCACAACGAUGCCGUCAUCAGACUGGAGGGUCGUCAAGCAGUCGCCGACGCCAUUGAUCAGGUCGCGGCUAAAAUCUGA